AUGGCGGGCAACUCGCCUACUUCCCCUUUGCCUGGUGUGACCAGGGGUGGGAGGGCUGCCCCGAUUGGCAGCUUGAAUAGCAUCACUAUUCAUUCCCCUAUAGGCAGCCUCAGCUCCGUGAACGGUGGUGUCAUCAACAGCGGGCACUUCAAAGCCACACCUCAAGGCCAGCGCCGCCGCUGGUGCGACUACACACCUACGGAAGUGUGGCCAGCAACCCCAAGCCCAGCUGGUCACGAGGGAAUGUGCGGCUUCGGCGUGCCAACCACUAUGCCAGCACCAGCAGCACCAGCAGUUGCCACGUCUCCUUCAGCAGCCUUAGGUGCCACUUAUUCUGGAUUCCCAGCUGUGGCACAACCAGCCCAACCUGCGCAGCCAGCGCAACCAGGUGUGGCUUCUGGGCAGGUGCCCGCUGCCAUGCCAGCAGGCAUUCCUGUGCCCAUGCAAGGCCUGCCAGGCAUGCUGCCCAUGCCCGUGACCGCAGCAGCAGGAGGCGGUGCGCAAGGAAACCUUCCUGAAGGAGCACAAAUGGUGUUUAUGCAGGUGCCUGGGCAACAAGGAGCCCAAGGCUUUUUUCAGCUGCCUGUGCAGCAACCUGGAGCGCCGCAGGCACAGGUGGUUUUCAUGCCUGCUGCUGCGGCGGCAGCCUCAGCUGCACCUGCUCCUGUGGCAGAGAGCCCACAACGACCUGCUCCAGAAGCAGGCCUUGUGAGUGACACCAAUGCGCUACAACAUGCUGCCGGAAGGCAACUCUUUAAUGAAGCCAUGGAUCCUGCUACCCUCGAUGGUGCUAAUCCGAACAUAGCCUCCAAAGGCUCAGCGCUACAUGGCACUGGAAGGUGCAGUCCCUGUGCAUGGUUCUGGAAAGCCAGAGGUUGCAAUAGCGGCUACGACUGCACCUACUGCCAUAUGUGCCCAGAAGGUGAGCUGAAAGCCAGGAAGAAGGCCAAAGUUCAAGCCAUCAGGAUGGGUGUCUUGGAGCCUGCAGGCAAGGCUGGAACAAAUGCCCAAGUCCACAAUCGUGGUGCUUUGAAGCUUAACCAAUUGAUCUGA